ACGCGCCAAUCGGCAUGGCUCUUACAGACAGCGGCUCACUUUUUGAAUUGGAGGUGGCCGCCGCGGGCAAGGAAUGGCGGCGUUCUUGAGAGGAGUCGGCGCCUGAAGAGGAGCAUCUCACAGAACUUUUUGAGAGCGCCAACCUUAGAGCACUACAAACGAUGGCUGACAAUAGUGUGUUAACAUCCACUACUGGGAGGACUAGCUUGGCAGACACUUCCAUUUCUGAUUCUAAAGUUACUGAAACUUCUAAGGAAAACCUAUUUAUUGGAUAUACUUCAUAUGCUGAAGAAGAAAUGCCUCAGAUUGAAACAAGAGUGGUAAUGGUUCAAGAAGCUGGAAAACAAGAAGAACUUAUAAAAGCCUUAAAGACUAUUAAAAUAAUGGAAGUCCCUGUUAUAAAGAUAAGAGAAAGUUGUCCUGGAAAAUCGGAUGAAAAAUUAAUAAAAAGUGUUAUUAAUAUGGAUAUUAAAGUACCCUGUGUAAAGAUGGACUCAAUGGAAGAAUUUGAAAGUUUGGAUUCUCCAGAAUUUGAGAAUGUAUUCAUAGUCACAGAGUUCCAGGAUUCUGUCUUUAAUGACUUACACAAGGGUGACUGUAGAAUUAUUGGACCACCAGUUGUAUUAAACUGUGCGCAAAAAGGAGAGCCUUUGCCAUUUUCAUGUCGUCCAUUGUAUUGUACAAGUAUGAUGAAUUUAGUCUUAUGCUUUACUGGCUUCAGGAAGAAAGAAGAACUAGUCAGAUUGGUGACAUUGGUCCAUCAUAUGGGUGGAGUUAUUCGAAAAGAUUUUAAUUCAAAAGUUACACAUUUGGUGGCAAAUUGCACACAAGGAGAAAAAUUCAGGAUUGCUGUGAGUCUGGGUACUCCAAUUAUGAAGCCAGAUUGGAUUUAUAAAGCAUGGGAAAGGCGGAAUGAACAGGAUUUCUGUGCAGCAAUUGAUGAUUUUAGAAAUGAAUUUAAAGUUCCUCCAUUUCAAGAUUGCAUUUUAAGUUUCCUGGGAUUUUCAGAUGAAGAGAAAACCAAUAUGGAAGAAAUGACUGAAAUGCAAGGAGGUAACUAUUUACCAGUUGGAGAUGAAAGAUGCACUCACCUUAUAGUUGAAGAGAAUGUAGUAAAAGAACUUCCAUUUGAACCUUCAAAGAAACUUUAUGUUGUCAAGCAAGAGUGGUUCUGGGGAAGCAUUCAAAUGGAUGCCCGUGCUGGAGAGACUAUGUAUUUGUAUGAAAAGGGUAAUACUCCUGAGCUCAAGAAAUCGGUGUCACUGCUUUCUCUACAUACCCCAAACAGCAAUCGCAAAAGACGUCGUUUAAAAGAGACGCUUGCUCAGCUUUCAAAGGAGACAGACUUGUCACCUUUUCCUCCUCGUAAGCGUCCAUCGGCCGAACAUUCUCUUUCUAUAGGAUCACUCCUUGAUAUCUCCAAUACACCAGAGUCUAGUAUCAACUAUGGAGAAACGCCAAAGUCUUGUAGUAAGUCUUCUAAAAAUUCUACCCCAGUUCCUUCAAAGCAGUCGGCCAGGUGGCAAGUUGCAAAAGAGCUUUAUCAGACUGAAAGUAAUUAUGUAAAUAUAUUGGCAACAAUUAUUCAAUUAUUUCAGGUACCAUUGGAAGAGGAAGGACAACGUGGUGGCCCUAUCCUUGCACCAGAAGAGAUUAAGACUAUUUUUGGUAGCAUUCCAGAUAUCUUUGAUGUGCAUACUAAGAUAAAGGAUGAUCUUGAAGACCUUAUUGUUAAUUGGGAUGAGAGCAAAAGCAUUGGUGACAUCUUUCUUAAAUAUUCAAAAGAUUUGGUAAAAACAUACCCUCCCUUUGUAAACUUCUUUGAAAUGAGCAAGGAAACAAUUAUUAAAUGUGAAAAACAGAAACCCAGAUUUCAUGCUUUUCUUAAGAUAAACCAAGCUAAACCAGAAUGUGGACGACAAAGCCUUGUUGAACUUCUCAUCCGACCAGUACAGAGGCUACCCAGUGUUGCAUUACUUUUAAAUGAUCUUAAAAAGCAUACAGCUGAUGAAAAUCCUGACAAAAGCACUUUAGAAAAAGCUAUUGGAUCACUAAAAGAAGUAAUGACGCAUAUCAAUGAGGAUAAAAGAAAAACAGAAGCACAAAAGCAAAUUUUUGAUGUUGUUUAUGAAGUAGAUGGAUGCCCAGCCAAUCUUUUAUCUUCCCACCGAAGUUUGGUGCAACGAGUUGAAACUGUUUCUCUAAGUGAGCACCCCUGUGACAGAGGAGAACAAGUAACCCUCUUUCUUUUCAAUGACUGCCUAGAGAUAGCAAGGAAACGGCACAAAGUUAUUGGCACCUUUAGAAGUUCUCCUGGCCAUACACGACCCCCAGCUUCUCUUAAGCAUAUUCAUCUAAUGCCCCUUUCUCAGAUUAAGAAGGUGCUGGAUAUAAGAGAGACAGAAGAUUGCCAUAAUGCUUUUGCCUUGCUUGUGAGGCCACCAACAGAGCAGGCAAAUGUGCUGCUCAGUUUCCAGAUGACAUCAGAUGAACUUCCAAAAGACAGCUGGCUAAAGAUGCUGUGCCGACAUGUGGCCAACACCAUUUGUAAAGCUGAUGCUGAAAAUCUCAUGUAUACUGCUGAUCCAGAAUCCUUUGAAGUAAAUACAAAAGAUAUGGAUAGUACGCUGAGUAGAGCAUCUAGAGCAAUAAAAAAGACUUCAAAAAAGGUUACAAGAGCAUUCUCUUUCUCCAAAACUCCGAAACGAGCUCUGCGGAUGGCUCUCAUGCCAUCGCAUAGCUCAGUGGAGGGACGGAGUCCUCCCAGCAGUGAUAAGCAUGCAGUGAGUCGCCUUUCUAGCACAUCCUCAUUAGCAGGUAUCCCAUCUCCUUCCCUUGUCAGCCUUCCUUCCUUCUUUGAAAGACGAAGUCACACUUUAAGUAGAUCGACAACUCAUUUGAUAUAACACUUUAAGAAACUGACUUAGAAGGUUCUUAUAAUAGUACUGGUGAAAGCUGAAAAGAAGCUAGGUAACACUAAACUAUGCCACUUGAUUUUCUUCUUGAAAGACUAAGGUUUACCCCUGACAUUGUUCAAGUUAUUUUGUGUAAAAAUUAUAUUGAUUUUGAUGUAAUUUAUCUCUUUGCUUAUCUCUCUCCUCUGAAGACCAGAACUUAAGUUAUUCAUGUUCCAGUAGCUUUGUAAGCCAUUAUAUAGUAAAUAAAUUUUAUUGGUGAGUGCCAAUUACUACUGUCAAUCUGUUUAUAUGGUAUUCAUGAAUGAAUUUAUAGAAGUACGUUUGUGUAUCUCAAUUUGUGCAGAGAUUAAAUGAUAUUACAAUAAUUAUUUGAAAAAAUUUGAUUAUAUUUCUGAUUAAACAGUAGGGCACUGUUUCACCUGUACCUUUUGAUGUACUUAACUGCUUUUUAAUGUUUAUUUUCUUUUCAAAUAGUUUCAAGAUCUUGAAUGUGGAUUAAAAAGAUCUAUGUUUAUUAAUAUGAAGAUUGGUUCAAAAUAAUUUUGCAAAUUAAGAAAAGUAAAGAAAGCUUAAAAAUCAUUGUAUAUAUUGCAAAAGCAAGACAUAGGUAUAAACAGAUAAUAUAGUUCUGGUGAUUUUAGCCACUAGCAAAUUUUGAUUUACUUGGACAUCAUAUUGAAUUUUACUUUAAAGAGUAGAACCAUGGAAGGAAGAAUUAUGGUAAAGAUUGUUUAUACUCUGUACAAGGUUGCCAUCAGCUUUGAUAUCUGCUGUGUAAAGCAUAGAUAUGUGUAUGGUCAACUUUAUAUUUUGGCCUAUAAUUAGGUGUAAAAUUGAACAUUUUCUUUUGUAAAAUAUUCUUCAGAGUCUGAUGUUAUCUUUCAGUUUUCUUUAUAGUCCGUAUCAAUAAUACAAAAAUAAUCAAGUUCUUAUGAAUAAAUACAUUUUUAUUUUGUACUGUUUAGGGAGUACUGCAGAAGUCUCACUGUUACUUUAACAAGUUUCAAUUAGUAGCUUUAAUGGCUUAACUGACUGUAGAUUUUUUUCUGUUCCACAUAUGUGCCAGUUCAUAGUAAUUGAUUCUUUUUCCUAUAUUUUAAAGGUAGUUAUAUUAAUAAGAAUUUUGUAAAUAAACAACUUCAAACCAAUUGUA